AUGGCCGACCGUCGUGACGGGCAUUCCCGCCGCGGAGGCGACAAAUCAUCCUAUCACGACGACAGAGACCGCCGGCGCGACCGCGACCGUGAUCGCCGGAGAGAUCGUGACGACGACGUUGAUAUCAGACGCCGCGACAGAGACAGGUCACGCUCCAGGGACAGAGGCGAUCGCAGCAGAAGAUACCGCUCGCGCUCCCGGUCGCGCGAUCGGUCCCGCGACAGAGAUAGGCACAGAGAUCGUGAUCGCGACCGCCACCAUCGUCGCUCGCGCUCGCGCUCACGCUCACCUAGGCGCGACAGGGAUAGGAGGGAUGAUCGGCGCGAUAGGGAGAGGGAUGAGAAGGCACAUCGUCGGCGGGAUGAUGAGCGCGGGGAGCGUGGAGGGACGCCAUCGAGGGAUCAUGGUGAUCGGAGUGUGAGAGAAGAGCUGUCUGACCGGGUAGACAACAAUCAGAAGUCUGGUAGCAACCACGAGGGCAGGGAACAGAGAGAUCAGAGCCAGAACCAGCAGCUGCCGCCUCAUCACCGCUCUGCUAGUCCGACCAAACGCAUGUUUGAGCGUGAUGGCGACGAGCCCACACAACUUCCAACUCGGUCCAAGCCUGGUGCCGGCACCCACGGUCACGGCCCAGCGCACGUGUCGUUCAAGGUUAUGAGUAAGGACAGUAAUCACGGCUCGGAGUAUCAAAGGCGCGAAAGCACCGGAGAUCAGCACAGCGAAGACUCCAGACGGUUCGAUGGCGAACCGAUGGAUGAAGAUGAGGAAGAGGUUGUGGUUGAGGAGGAGGGCCUAGACGAGAUGGCCAAGAUGAUGGGCUUCAGCGGGUUUGGGUCGACCCAGGGGAAGCAUGUCAUUGGCAACAAUGUAUAUGCUGUGCGGAAAGAGAAGAAGACCAAGUACCGCCAGUACAUGAAUCGUAUUGGCGGUUUCAACAGGCCCCUUAGUCCAACGAGGUAA